UUCAGACCAGAGUCUGUUCACUUUCAGGAAGAGAAACUGCGGAGAUGGGCCGUUGCCGUGCUCGGUGGCGGCAGAAUCCAAUGGCUGGCCAUGGGCCUGCUGCGCAGAAGGCCGGCAACGACCGCGGCCGGGGCACCCCUGUCCGUGAUGCCUCGCGAUUGACAGGCGGGCCCGCGGGGAGGAGCCAGAGAAAGACCUAGGCCCGCGGAGCCGGGAAGGGUGGCCCGCUCACAGGGCCGGAGAAAGAGAGCGACCGGGGCCGCCGCGGCUUCCCUUGCUUGCGCCCCAUGGACUGGCGGACGAGGACCGAACCCCGGCUGGGCCUCGGCCUGGGGCCGCUCACUGUCUCCCGGCCUGACCAACCUCACAGGGUUGUUGUGCGGACAAACUCAAGAGGGGAAGAGCCGCGUCUGGAGCGCGGCGCCUCGGGCUCCUUGGAAGCCUUUGGCCUAUAAAAGGCGGGCUGGAGGCGCCUCGGGGAUCCCUUUCCCUUCUGGCGCUCUUUCAGGGCGACCGUUCCUUGCUCUCGCGGAGGGAGGGCCACAGGGCGCCGGGCCUCCCUACCUCCACGGGGCUUCCACGCGGAGCCCCUCAGCCCAACGCCUCCUGGGCUGUUUCUUCGUCUUUAUUGUUGCAGUUUCAUCCCAAGUUGUUCAGAUCAAGAGGGCGCGCAAACAGUCCACGCUCUCACUACCCCGUUUUCCUCAACAACAACCCUGUGAGGUAGGCUAAUGUGUGUGAGAGAGGAGCGCCCCCGUCGCCCUCCGUUGGCCACACUGGCCGCAGAGGCUGAUGGAACUUGGAGUCCAAUAACCACUGGAGGCCCAUUGGACGCCGCCUCGGCCGCCCUCCGGCCUUUACAAACAGGCGAGGGGCGGGGCUGCUGCGUCACUGCGCGGCGUCGCCGUACUGGGCUCCCACUGGAAGGAAAGGCGGGAUAUAAAUCCACUAAAUAAAUGAAUAAACAAUGAAUUAGCUCAAUUAGGAGCGACGUCGCCGCGAAAGGCCUGGGCUGGGGAACGUUGGGGCUGCGCGGAGAAGGAAAGAGGGAGGAGGCGUCGCCCGAGUAACCGCGGCCUCUUGCGGAAGUGCGUCACAGGUGCGCCGGAAGUUCCUGAGAAGCUUUUUCCGGUCGUGCCGUGCUGCCGCUGAGCGUGGUUGGAGCCGGAGCCGCGAUGGUGAAGCCGCGAUUCAAGGGCCGCGCCAGCCUCAACCCGUCACGGGCCAGCACCAACCCCGAUCGGCCAGAUGGCGUUGGGGGCCACAACAUGCGGGACAGGGCAACCAUCCGGCGCCUCAACAUGUACAGGCAGAAGGAGCGCAGGAACAAUCGUGGGAAAUUGGUCCGGCCACUGCAGUUCCAGUCCACAGUGGCACCUGGCACGGUAGCAAGAGUGGAGCCCAACAUAAAAUGGUUUGGAAACACACGUGUGAUCAAGCAAUCGUCUCUCCAGAAGUUCCAGGAGGAGAUGGAGACAGUGAUGAAGGAUCCCUACAGAGUAGUCAUGAAGCAAAGCAAGCUGCCUCUAUCUCUCCUCCAUGAUCGAAUUAAGCCUCAUAAUUCCAAAGUCCAUAUUCUUGACACAGAAACAUUUGAAACAACAUUUGGCCCCAAAUCACAAAGGAAACGGCCAAAUCUCCUGGUGAGUGAUGUGCAGUCUCUAGUGAAAAAUGCCACAGCUGAGGCCAGCAGCUAUAACCAAGACAAGGACCGGGAUCUGGUGACGGAAGAUACUGGGGUGAGGGAGGAGGUGCGAGAGGAGAUCUACAAGAAGGGGCAGUCCAAGCGAAUCUGGGGAGAACUUUACAAGGUGAUCGAUUCAUCGGAUGUGGUUGUGCAAGUGUUGGAUGCCAGAGACCCCCUGGGGACCCGUUCCCCACAUGUGGAGGCCUAUUUGAAGAAGGAGAAGUCCUGGAAGCAUCUCAUUUUUGUCUUGAACAAAUGUGACCUUGUGCCCACAUGGGCCACGAAAUGCUGGGUUGCUGUUCUCUCCCAGGAGUAUCCAACCUUGGCCUUUCAUGCCAGCCUCACAAACCCCUUUGGAAAAGGAGCCUUCAUUCAGCUCUUGAGACAGUUUGGAAAGUUGCACGUGGAUAAGAAGCAGAUCAGUGUGGGCUUCAUUGGCUACCCAAACGUGGGAAAGAGCUCUGUGAUCAACACACUCCGCUCCAAAAAAGUCUGUAGCGUGGCCCCCAUUGCUGGGGAAACCAAGGUGUGGCAGUACAUUACCUUGAUGCGCCGCAUCUUUCUCAUUGACUGCCCAGGAGUGGUAUAUCCUUCAGGAGACACAGAAACGGACAUUGUGCUGAAGGGAGUGGUUCAGGUAGAAAAAAUUAAGUGUCCAGAAGACCACAUUGCUGCAGUGUUGGAAAGGGCCAAGCCAGAAUAUAUCAGCAAGACUUAUAAAAUAGACUUCUGGCAGAAUGCGGAAGACUUCCUCGAGAAGCUGGCCUUCCAGACUGGGAAGCUACUCAAGGGAGGCGAGCCGGACAUGUGCACAGUAAGCAAAAUGGUGCUGAAUGACUGGCAGAGGGGCCGUAUUCCUUUCUUUGUGAAGCCACCAAAUACGGAGCAGCGCACUCAGCCCACAGCCACCACCUUGGAAGCGUCCACAGUUGCCACUCAGCGUGAGAGCUCUGGGGAGACCGUUGGAUCGACAGAGAUGCCCACAGCAGAGGCUGGGAGUGAGGAGUGCUCCAACCUGGCAACAAAAUGGUCCAUGUCCCACGUGCGGCAGAACUUUGGGAAGAUUAACGUAGCCCCGCAGUUCCUGCAGGAAGACCUGAUUCCUGUGGAUGUGUCCAGUAUCGACGAGACAGACAGUGAGGCAGAGGAGAAGGGAGAGGAAGAAUGUUGUGAGCUUGGCAGCACAGCCAGCCGGCCCUCCUUCAAGGAAAGCCCCAAGCAGGAUGCCAAGGCAGUGCUGAAGUCGCUAGACGAGAAGAUUGCCAAGUACAACAGAUUCUUGGACAAGGCCAAAGCCAAGCGAUUCUCGGCAAUAAGAAUCCCCAAAGGACUGAGUGAAAAAGUCUUUGCAAAGUCACAGUUGGACUCCGGAGCUGUUGCAGGGGAUAAGGCUGGAGGGAGCCUGGAGAAAGUUGAGAAAAGGAAAAUGCCAGAGGAAGGUGAACAGGAGCAGGAUGCCUGUCCGGUGAAGAAGCCUUGCAAGACACAGAGUUCCAAAGAGAGGAGAAGAGCAGAGCGGCGGCAGCACUCCAAGAAAGUUGGUGUGCGAUAUUAUGACACUCAUAACGUCAAAAAUAAAAACCGGAACAAAAAGAAACUCAACUCAGGAGGACAGAACUCGAAACUGAAGAGAAAUAAACGCCAGCAGUAGUUCCUGGGCUUGUUUUCUGA